AUGGCGCGUCUUAAAACAGUUCGCGCCCCAACAACAGCCAGUCUUCCAAAUAACCUCCGCAUUCCCUCGUCGACUCCGUCCCUCACAAAAUCACUGGGAAAGCUAUCCAGACAAGCACUACUGGACCUUGCAUUUACAUGGCUUGACGAUCGCAACAUCGCCUCAUUCCCACCAUACCUACAGGGCGACGAAGCAGAUGGCCCCGACGAUGACGAAGCCCUCCCCUACCCCGCGGGUGAGACAAUCGAAGAAGUUCGCCAGGUAUAUGAAGACCUACAGGACCGAAAGGGCGCAAAGCGCGAAGUUCUCGAACGAAUCCUGGAAGGCGAUUGGCGACAUGGAAUCACACUGCGCCAGUUGGCCAUGGCGGACCUCCGCUACAUGGACGACCACCCCGCCAGCCUUCGAUGGACCGCACUCGAGCUCAGCCGUAUCGAUGCAAAUCGCAGCAACUCCAAGAAACUGCCACCAGAUGACUGGUCCGGUGCGGUACCGCGCAUGCAAGCGGCAACAUUUGUGCAAGGCCUCCAACGAGAAAUCUCCCCAUUGGUCAAGGCCCAUUACCACCUCGCCCACUCAGCAACGCUGCCACUAACUUUCCUACGUAUCUUUGUUGUUGAUUCCCCGUAUCAAUCUCCUCGGCAGGCAGCCGAGAUCUUUACCGACUCUUCCCGAGUCAUCUACGUCGCUUUCCCGGAUAGUUGCCCUUACGUCUACACUUCCAUAGCAGCAUCCACCGGAUCCAAAUCUGCUCCUUCAGCAAGCUCAGUGGCUACUGAUACUCGAACUCUUCAGCGUCUGGUGCGCGAUUCUAUUCCCAAAGCUUUAUCCCGCCCACAGGAACGAUUCACUCUGCAGGCAACAUCCCUGGCAGCAAAGAAUCUGCCUACACUUCUAGCCCUCCGCGGACCGGGACGAUCAACGGCAUCAAAUGGUGCCUUUAGCAUCUUUGCAGACGCCGCCAUUGAAGGAAGUCCGUUGGACCCUCGACCUUCCAAUACUGUCCCACCUGAAGAGCAUAUCGAAGCGAGUCAUUCCGACCCAGCAGAAGGCAAAGAAAAUACAAAUGGCUCAGCGACCAAACGAAGAUCCAGCAGUAUCGAUACAUAUCCACUCUCCCCUGAUUCAAAGAAACGGCGUCUGGCCAUCCACUCCCGAUUCGGAACAUUGGGACAAUCACUUGCCCCAGCACCGCUGGACCGUCUUGAUAUCCGACUCCUCGAUAAACCAGGGUCCAGCGAGGAGCCAAAUGAUGAUGUUGAUGAUUCUGCGUCUACGUUACCUGCGGUGUCACUCACUUUCUCCGGCUCCGACGUCAUCGGCGGGAUUCACAAACUUGCCGAAUUAGGCAUCGUUGACCCUGAGCGUAUGCCGUCGUGGAUGACUGGUGAGGAAGGCGUUAGUGUCGCGACUGUGCGACGUGGUCAGCGGCUUCAAAGGGAUAUAUAG